AUGAGUAAAACACAAGUUUACGAGUGGUUUGCACGCUUUAAGAAUGGUCAAAUGUCACUGGAAGACCAGCCUCGUUCAGGGAGACCUUCAACCUCCCGAACGGAUGAAAACAUCACUAAAAUUCAUGAACUAAUCAUGGAAGACCAUCGCAGAACAAUUGAUGAGCUUGUUAAUUUGACUGGUGUGUCCUGGAGUUCAUGUCAACGAAUUUUGAGCGAGGAAUUGGGAAUGAAAAGAGUUGCAGCAAAAAUGGUGCCUUGCUUGCUCACGGACGGUCAAAAGCAGUCACGAAUGGAUGCCUGUCGUGAACUGAAAGAACAGUUGGAAGUUGAUCCAGACCUUUUUUCGAAGGUCAUUACAGGUGAUGAAAGCUGGUGCUAUGGCUACGACCCAGAAUCAAAGCAGCAAUCAAGUCAGUGGAAGCAUCCAACGUCACCACGACCCAAAAAAGCGCGUCAAGUGAAGUCCAGUGUCAAGACGAUGCUGAUUUGUUUCUUCGAUGUGAAAGGAAUUGUCCACAAAGAAUUCGUUCCUGCAGGUCACACUGUUAACCAGACGCUUUACUUGGCAGUGCUGAAGCGUUUGCGAGAUUCCGUGAGACGGAAACGCCCUGACCUGUGGCAAAGUGGAGGGUGGUGGCUUCAUCACGACAAUGCACCAGCGCACACCGCCUGA